AUGUCAGUCACGCACCGGGCACGUUGGGACCUGCCCCUCGACCCAACAAUGUAUGCCCCAGACGAAGAAGAGAAGACGUUCAUGAAGGCGACUACGGGCAUCCAGGACGACGAAGAAUUGAAGGAACACAUCUUCGCCAUACAGGCGAAGGCAUUCACAAUCUACAAGUACCCAUGCAUUCGUCAGUUUAACUUCAUAAGGCUCAAAAUAGCACGUAUGCCUGCAUAUCCCCAGUUUCUGGAGUUGGGACGGCAACGAAAAGACGCAAUCUUCCUGGACGUAGGAUGUGGUUUCGGCAACGAUACCCGUAAAGCGAUCAUUGAUGGAUGGCCGAUCGAGAGAGUCAUCGUAGCUGACCUGAGCCCAGAGAUGUGGAAUAUUGGACACGAGCUGUUCCGUUCCACACCUGAAACAUUUCCAGUUCCCUUCCUCCAAGGCGACAUUCUCGACCCUGCGUACCUAGCUCCAGCCCCAAUCCUUCCUACCUCUUCUACUCCCAUUCUAGAGCCUCUGCCUCCUCUCGGAGAGAUGAAGGCGCUCACCGAGCUUCACGGAAAGAUUUCCGCUGUGUUCGCCAGCGCGUUCUUCCACCUCUUCGAAUUCGACGCCCAGCAGCAGGUCGCGCGCAAACUGGCCGGGCUCCUGUCACCCCUUCCCGGAUCCAUGAUAUUUGGAUCGCACACCGGCAUGGCUGAGAAAGAGCGUUGGGACGAGGGCGGAACCUGGACGGACUGUCAUUCGCCCGAGAGCUGGACCGAGUUGUGGGAAGGCAUCUUCGCUGAGGCUGGCGCGAGGGUUGAGGUGAAGACGAGGUUACGACCCCACCGGGGUGGGAGAACCUUCUAUGGGAUCUAUCCCGAGAGCACGAAGGAGCGCUUCUAUCUGGACUGGUCUGUCACGAGGGUUUAA